AUGGACUGUCUCGUGGACUCUCUCAUGGACUGUCUCAUGGACUGUCUCGUGGACUGUCCUGUGGACUGUCUCGUGGACUGUCUCAUGGACUGUCUCGUGGACUCUCUCUUGGACUGUCUCGUGGACUCUCUCUUGGACUGUCUCAUGGACUGUCCUGUGGACUGUCUCGUGGACUCUCUCAUGGACUGUCUCGUGGACUCUCUCUUGGACUCUCUCUUGGACUCUCUCUUGAACUCUAUUGUGGACUCUCUCUUGGACUCUCUCAUGGACUCUCUUGUGGACUCUCUCAUGGACUGUCUCGUGGACUCUCUCAUGGACUGUCUCGUGGACUCUCUCUUGGACUCUCUCUUGGACUCUCUCUUGGACUCUCUCUUGGACUCUCUCUUGGACUCUCUCUUGGACUCUCUCUUGGACUGUCUCUUGGACUGUCUCGUGGACUCUCUCUUGGACUCUCUCUUGGACUCUCUCUUGGACUCUCUCUUGGACUCUCUCAUGGACUGUCUCGUGGACUCUCUCUUGGACUGUCUCUUGGACUCUCUCUUGGACUCUCUCUUGGACUCUCUCUUGGACUCUCUCUUGGACUCUCUCUUGGACUCUCUCAUGGACUGUCUCGUGGACUCUCUCUUGGACUCUCUCUUGGACUCUCUUUUGGACUCUCUCUUGGACUCUCUCAUGGACUCUCUCUUGGACUCUCUCUUGGACUCUCUCUUGGACUCUCUCUUGGACUCUCUCAUGGACUGUCUCGUGGACUCUCUCUUGGACUCUCUCUUGGACUCUCUCUUGGACUCUCUCAUGGACUGUCUCGUGGACUGUCUCUUGGACUGUCUCGUGGACUCUCUCUUGGACUGUCUCGUGGACUGUCUCUUGGACUCUCUCUUGGACUCUCUCUUGGACUGUCUCGUGGACUCUCUCUUGGACUGUCUCAUGGACUCUCUCAUGGACUCUCUCUUGGACUGUCUCGUGGACUCUCUCUUGGACUCUCUCUUGGACUCUCUCUUGGACUGUCUCGUGGACUCUCUCUUGGACUGUCUCAUGGACUGUCUCGUGGACUCUCUCUUGGACUGUCUCUUGGACUCUCUCUUGGACUGUCUCUUGGACUGUCUCUUGGACUCUCUCAUGGACUGUCUUUUGGACAGUCUCUUGGACUGUCUCUUGGACUCUCUCUUGGACUGUCUCUUGGACUGUCUCUUGGACUGUCUCUUGGACUCUCUCAUGGACUCUCUCUUGGACUCUCUCAUGGACUGUCUCGUGGACUCUCUCUUGGACUGUCUCUUGGACUCUCUCUUGGACUCUCUUGGACUGUCUCUUGGACUCUCUCAUGGACUGUCUCUUGGACUCUCUCUUGGACUGUCUCUUGGACUGUCUCUUGGACUGUCUCUUGGACUGUCUCUUGGACUGUCUCGUGGACUCUCUCUUGGACUCUCUCUUGGACUCUCUCAUGGACUGUCUCGUGGACUCUCUCUUGGACUGUCUCUUGGACUCUCUCUUGGACUGUCUCUUGGACUGUCUCUUGGACUCUCUCAUGGACUCUCUCUUGGACUCUCUCUUGGACUGUCUCUUGGACUGUCUCUUGGACUCUCUUUUGGACUGUCUCUUGGACUGUCUCUUGGACUGUCUCUUGGACUGUCUCUUGGACUGUCUCUUGGACUGUCUCUUGGACUCUCUCAUGGACUCUCUCUUGGACUCUCUCUUGGACUGUCUCUUUGA